AGGUGCAGCAAUGCUUCAGUGUAGACCACUGUUAAACAGUCUGAGUAGAUCUCUUGGCCUGUUACAUAGCAGUAGCCAAAAUGCAACUGCAGCAACUCCACAGGCACAAGAUGAUUCUUCCAGCCCUUCAUUGAUCACAGAUCCAUUGGCCCAUCCUGAUUUCUUCGGCGUACGCAAUUUAGCGUCAAUAUCUGAACUCUUCGAAAAUAAGGUCCAUUUAGGCCAUAAGGCUGGCACCAGGAAUGAAUUUAUGACCCCUUACAUAUUUGGAAAUAGACUCGGGGUGGAUAUCUUUGACUUGGAUCAAUCUAAGGAGUUAUUAGGAGAUGCCUUGAAUUUUACUGCCCAUAUAGCAUAUAAUGGAGGAGUCAUCUUAUUUAUAAGUCGCAACAGUCAGAUUAUUCCGUAUGUUGAAAAAACUGCAAAAGAAGCUGGGGAAUAUGCACAUUGCAGAUUCUGGAGAGGUGGAGUCUUCACUAACUCAACUAAACAAUUUGGAGCAGUGACACGCUUACCUGAUUUGGUGAUUUUCAUUAAUAUGCUGAAUAAUGUAUUCGAGCCACAUAUUGCUAUAAGAGACUCUGCAAAAAUGCUGAUUCCGACAAUAGGAAUAGCUGACACUAAUUGUGACCCCAGGCUUAUCACAUACCCUGUACCUGGUAAUGACGACACGCCAUGUGCCAUCAACAUGUAUUGUAAACUCUUCAAAGAAGCUAUACUGAAAGGUAAAGCUAAGCGGAGACAGAUGGAAGAUGAAGAGUGAAAUGAAUAUUUUGUUGAUAAAUAAUUAUUUAGAUAUAAGACUAGAGUGAGUAAUAUUGUUAAUAAACUUAGAUAUUUUAUAUGUAUACUUGAAUAAUUGAUUAGUCAAUAAAGGGGUUGCUAUAUAGCUGAGUGAAUAGAUGUCAGCUCUUCAAUUUAUUUGUUUUGGUUCGGCAGAUUGCCAUAGGCUUCAAUGGUAAAAACUUGCAAUCUGCUUAAAAUAUGAUAGUGUGAUUAAUCAUGAAAAUUUUGGUUGUUGGACGAAUAAACCAGGGAUUUAAAGAAUUUGAACAUUGCAUUAAUGGAGAUACUUUUUUCAAUACUUUUUUUAGAAACGUAAAAAAGUCCUAGAAAAUGUGAAAAAACUUUCACUGAAUUCAAAUACAGUAUGCAAUUAAAAAGAAAUUUGAAGUUUAAUACGCAAAUCUCUGAAAAUCCGAUUUCAAAGCUAUAUAGAAACUCCUCUAUCAAGCAAUAAUAUUUCCAUGAAGGCACUUCAUAUAGCCAUAAGGUCCACCUAAGAAAGCCAGUAGUUUGAACUGUUUACUUCUGUCCUUAAAUAGACAACAUAGGGUCAUUGAGAGUAAUCUUUUGAAAAUUGUCUUCUUUAUUUCAUAAGAAUGCCAUAUUUGUUAAGGUUAUUUAACAAUAAUUCCAUUUUUGUGGUGGUGACAUAUUGUUAUUAUAGUCUCCCAACUUUUUUUGUGUCGGUGUUCAGCAGUUGGUGUUUUGCAUUUGGCAUCUGUAACGAAUUGCAGUUGGUGACAUUUUGCAUGUU